GGCAGCUCUGACAGGUCGCAGAGAAGAAAGACACACAAAGUCCUCUGAGCCUGAGACUAAGGACUGCCUCCAUCCUCAGUAGGAGCCCCCACACCAAGACCUGAAAAGAUGGCGCUAGAUCUUCUGGGACACUUUCCUCACCUCCUAUUGCUGCUGGGAUUAUGGGGGCCAAUGCAUCCGCUUUUUGCUGUGCCUCCGAAUUUGACCGGGGCUCAAUGGUUUCAAAUCCAGCAUUUACGGCCAAGUCCUCUACCAUGCAAUCAGGCAAUGAGAGGUGUCAACAGUUAUACCUACCACUGUAAGGAUCUAAAUACCUUUCUGCAUGAUUCCUUCCACAAUGUGGCUGCUGUCUGUAACUUGGCAAACAUCACUUGCAGGAAUAGAUCCACCAACUGCCACCAGAGCCAAAACCGUGUUAACAUGACCCUGUGCAACCUCACUGCAGGAAGGUAUCCUAAUUGCAACUACAACAGUGCUGCAGCAUACAAGUUUUUCAUUGUUGCCUGUAAUACCCCUCAGGUGGGAGAUCCUCCCUAUCCCUUCGUUCCUGUGCACUUAGAUAGAGUCAUUUAA